GACGCUCAGGUGAUCUUUAGCCACACCUGAGCUGGAGAGGAGCCAAACGUCCGUCAGGUCGUUCAGAGGCAGGUGUGACGCAGUUCCUUAACUCAACUUUUCCAAGAAAUUUGUCGUCUUAAAGUCAACCGUCUGCCUUCUUAAGAUAAUCAAAUUAAGAGUCAGAAAGGAUUAUAUUUAUGAUUAUAACCAAGGAUGAUUGUUAAUGUCAAGAUAUCUUUACACCCCUCCCCAGCCCGUUCCGGAGUUCUGCCCUGACAUUCUUAAGACAUGUCAGUCUCGCAGCGUAAACAGAGCUUCCGUGAGAAGCUUCAAAAUCAGGUGUGACGCAGGUGCUUUAGUUUACUUCCUCCAAGAUGGCGAGUGUGUUACUGCUCGCUGUCUUCCUUCUGUGCAGCAGUUUCCCUGUCGGCGCCCAGGACACCAGGACCGACCAGGCCGGGUCCGUCCUGCGGGAGUAUGUAGACAAGGGCUACUGUACCUACACCUAUGUGGUUCCGCCCGGGUCCCGUACAGAGGGCUGUGCACCGCCGGGCCUCGAGAGCCAGCUCGCCGAGACCAAGGAGGAAACGGACCGCCUGAAAAAUCAAGUGGAUCGCCUGUCGUCUCUGGUGGAAACCUUACUGAGUCAGCAGUCUGAUCUGUCCAACCAACUGUCAGAGGAAAGAGCCAGGAGUGCACAGCUGGAACAGAAGGUACAAGAACAAGAGACCAGGGUGCGGAAUCUGAAUACGACCUUGUACGAGCAUGACAUGGCCAUCAAACAACGUCAGCAGUGUACUUGUGAGAGAAUGGAGCCACUUGACAGCAUCUCUUCAACUGCAGCCACGCUGCCCACUGAGACAGUGUCCACCGCUGUUGGCCUGAUAACCGCGUCAGACUGCGCGGAUCUCUACGCGGCAGGACAGACUACAAGCGGAGUGUACAACAUUAGACUCGGUUCCUCUAACGUGGAGACCUACUGUGACAUGGAUACUGCAGGGGGUGGUUGGACUGUGAUCCAACGGCGGCAGGACGGGUCGGUUCCCUUCGACCGAACCUGGGAGGAGUACAAACACGGGUUUGGGAACAAGAGCGGGGAAUACUGGCUUGGGAACGAGAACAUCCACCUCCUGACCAGUCAGAAGAACUACACCCUCAGGGUGGAUCUCGAGGAUUGGCGCGGAGAAACCCGGUACGCAACGUACUCCAGCUUCAAGCUGUCCGGUGAGUCGGACCAGUACCGGCUGCACAUUUCCGGGUAUUCAGGCGACGCGGGAGACUCCAUGGAUUACCACAACGAGCGGAUGUUCUCCACUGUGGACAGGGACAAUGAUGCCUACAGCGGCUACCACUGUUCUCAGCAUUACGGACAGGCCGGCUGGUGGUUUUGGAGCUGCGGCUACUCCCUCAACGGUCGGUACCUGGGCAACUGUAGGAGCUCCUGUGCAGCCUCGCAAGGUGUGGUGUGGUACCACUGGAGAGGCUGGAGUUACUCCCUGAAGUCUGUGUCUAUGAAAAUCAGGCCAUAAGCGACACGAGUACGAUAUGCCACUACCGGUGUCACAUGUGUUGAAUUUCCAAAUCACUAAGAUUUUUUAACAUUGAAUGUUUAAUUAUACCCAAGUUGCAUAAUACGUGGUCGGGCCAUAAACAACUUAUCUGCAUUACCCAUGCGAUAUCUGUUACCAUUUUUAAAUAAAUUGUAUAAAUUGGAAUGAAUCUGAUUAUAUCCGAUUUUGCUCAGAAUGACAGUCACACCUGGUUCACAAAUAAAACCCAACCAUGUGUUUCCUAAGCGUGUACGAUGUAACAGUCGACCAUACAAUCAUUCAAGCUAUCAUCAUCAUCAUCUGGUCAAGCUAGCAUACCUGCACUAAACAAGCGUUUGGAAGAUUUUUGGUAUCUUCUAUUCUAUUUUAGACAUUAAGGCUUUGCUUAAAACUACAUAAACAUACUAAUGUUUUCACUAAUCUAACGACAACUCUUUUUUUGCAUUUUUAUUAUUUGCAAUGAUACAUGUUAUUAGUUGGUGUAGCGCAGGCAAACUAUUAAAUUGGUGAUGACUGACGUAACAAAAAGUAUAAGUAGAUCAGAAUCUAAGUUAAAAUACAAAUCUCAAGGUUUCAAGGACUUCAAAUCCAAAAAAAAUGAAAUAAAUUAAGCAUUAGAAUAUAUGCUGGAGGGCGAUGCAUAAUGAUAAUAUACAUAUUGGGGUAAAAAAAGAAGCUUUAAGGAAUCUUUUUGAAAAGUUAAGAAAAUCCGGUGCAUUCCUCAAAGCAACUAACUAAGCUGAGUUCAAUAGUUAAAUGGCAACUUAUUAUAUUAAUGC